AUGCCCAACUUUGCAGGCACUUGGAAGAUGAGGAGCAGUGAGAAUUUUGAUGAGCUGUUGAAAGUACUGGGGGUCAACGCAAUGCUGAGGAAGGUGGCAGUGGCAGCUGCAUCAAAGCCACUGGUGGAGAUCAGGCAAGACGGAGACCAGUUUUACAUCAAGACCUCCACCACGGUGAGGACUACCGAGAUCAACUUCAAAAUAGGAGAGGAGUUUGAGGAGGAGACAGUGGACGGGAGAAAAUGCAAGAGUCUGCCCAACUGGGAAAAUGAGAACAAAAUCUAUUGCAAGCAGACUCUUCUUAGUGGCAGUGGACCCAAAACACACUGGACUCGUGAACUGGUCAACGAUGAGCUAAUUCUGACGCUGGUUGCUAAUGAUGUUGUGUGUACGAGGGUCUACGUUAAAGAGUAA